AUGUACUCUAAAAGAUCAUCCCAUGCGGUCAGCAACAGUUCUGGAGAUAGCGAUGACAACAAAGUUGUCAAAAACAAACAAAAGUACAGAGACAUACAGGGUCGAGCUGUUUAUGGCCAUGAGGCUGCAGGCUCGCUAGCUUUUAAAGACGACGCAAACUUUGACGACGAUAACAGCGAUAGCAACAGUGACGACGAUGACGACUACAGCACGUCCAGUAACAAUUCCAUCGAUGCCUUUAAGCAAGCCUGCAAAGAUGUAGAGGAUAAUGUCAGUAUCCUUGGGGAAUUGGAGUUCACAGGUGCCACCGUCAAUAUGGAUGCCGCGAAGAUUCCAGAUGGCAGCCGCCUGAUCGAUAAGUAUUCGACCCUGAAUGAGUCUACUAGAGAAACGGCACGUCAGAUUCAUGAUAUCCUGGAGCGCCGCCCAAUAGUAACAAUCAGGGUAAUCAAAAGCCAACUCCAGCUGCGCCGUGAAAGCGACCUUGGCGAAGCUCUGCCGGUCUGCGGGUACAUGUUCACCAAUGGUCCAUGGAAGAAGGCAUUGAUCAAGUUCGGCGUUGACCCAAGGCUCAGGCCUGAUUUUCGCUUCUACCAAACAAUAUCCUUUCGCAUGGAGUUCGACCCUGUUGUGGAGCCCGGCAAGCAUGACUGGACCAAAAAAGGCAUUCUCGCUUUCCCACAACUCCUCCAAGGGGGUGACAAUAUUUCCUACGUUUUCAAUGGGAAGAAGUUUGUGGCCGACGGUGAUACUUGGCAGGUCUGUGACAUAACCGAUCCGCUUCUUCAACGCAUACUUCACAUGAUUCUUGUGUUUCACUGCGUUUUCCUGCCAUGGUGAUAUCCUCCAGAGCCUAUGAAUCUUCUCUUUGACUAUGAAUAGCUAGGAGUGUUCAUAAUAAUUGUAUCUCAUCCGCCAUGUCUGAUUUGCAGACACCAAGCUUGUUGAAAGCCCCUGAAAAUAGACAGGAAAGUGUUUCUGUUCUUUGGAAAC